UAUUUUUGCGACCUCAUCUCUUUUUUGUUACCUUUAGGGUUGGUCUCCUUAGACUUAAUUGACUUGACUUUAUAAAGUAUUACUUAACUACAAUUUAGACAAGAAUUUUUAUUUCAGGACCAAGACCAGUGUCUGGCACAAAGUGUGGUGAAGUUCUGAAUGCAGGAAGAAACCUGGUCCAGUCUCUGGGAAGAUGAAAGACCACAUGGGGAGAUCUGGACAGUUCCAGGCCCAGCUGGCUCAAUCAGAAUCAAGCUUUGAAAAGAUCUUGACAAGCGCAGAAGUUAACAUAUUAUUUCACUGCACCAUCAAACAAAUAAUAGAAGUCUGUUGAAGCUUUGUCCUGACCUAUUCUGGAAGUAGAAGAAUACCCUGGAGAAAGAAGCAUUGUAAGCACAAAGAGUAAGACUCCUCAAUCCUGGGAGAGAGAAUUAAAGUCUAACCCUCCAAAUGGCUAUUCUAAUGUGAUGCUGGGAUUGAGUUUACCUAGGACUCCAUAUCAAGGUUGACUCAAAAGUCUUGUAGAAGAUCUGGAAGAAAUAAGUAUUAAGUCAUGAUGCAGGAAUCUGCGACAGAGACAAUAAGCAACAGUUCAAUGAAUCAAAAUGGAAUGAGCACUCUAAGCAGCCAAUUAGAUGCUGGCAGCAGAGAUGGAAGAUCAAGUGGGGACACCAGCUCUGAAGUAAGCACAGUAGAACUGCUGCAUCUGCAACAACAGCAGGCUCUCCAAGCAGCUAGACAACUUCUCUUACAGCAGCAAACAAGUGGAUUGAAAUCUCCUAAGAGCAGUGAUAAACAGAGACCACUGCAGGAAUUGCUUCCAGAAACAAAAUUAUGUGUCUGUGGCCACUCUUCUGGUGAUGGGCAUCCUCACAACACAUUUGCAGUGCCUGUGUCGGUGGCCAUGAUGACUCCCCAGGUGAUCACCCCUCAGCAAAUGCAGCAGAUUCUUCAGCAGCAAGUCUUGUCUCCUCAGCAGCUCCAAGCCCUCCUCCAGCAGCAGCAGGCGGUCAUGCUGCAGCAGUCAAAAUGGUUUAUUCAGCAACAACUACAAGAGUUUUACAAGAAACAGCAAGAGCAGUUACAUCUUCAGCUUUUGCAGCAGCAGCAACAGCAGCAGCAGCAGCAGCAGCAGCAGCAACAGCAGCAGCAGCAGCAGCAGCAGCAGCAGCAGCCGCCGCCGCCCCCGCCGCCGCCGCAUCCUGGCAAGCAGGCGAAAGAGCAGCAGCAGCAGCAGCAGCAGUUGGCAGCCCAGCAGCUUGUCUUCCAGCAGCAGCUCCUCCAGAUGCAACAACUCCAGCAGCAGCAGCACCUGCUCAGCCUUCAGCGUCAGGGCCUCAUCUCCAUCCCACCUGGCCAGGCGGCACUUCCUGUCCAGUCGCUGCCUCAAGCUGGCUUAAGUCCUGCUGAGAUUCAGCAGUUAUGGAAAGAAGUGACUGGAGUUCACAGUAUGGAAGACAAUGGCAUUAAACAUGGAGGGCUAGACCUCACUACUAACAAUUCCUCCUCGACUACCUCCUCCACCACUUCCAAAGCGUCACCACCAAUAACCCAUCAUUCCAUAGUGAAUGGACAGUCUUCAGUUCUAAGUGCAAGGCGGGACAGCUCGUCACACGAGGAGACUGGGGCUUCUCACACUCUGUACGGCCAUGGAGUUUGCAAAUGGCCAGGCUGUGAAAGCAUUUGUGAAGAUUUUGGACAGUUUUUAAAGCACCUUAACAAUGAACAUGCUCUGGACGACCGAAGCACUGCCCAGUGUCGAGUGCAAAUGCAGGUGGUCCAACAGUUAGAAAUACAGCUUUCUAAAGAACGCGAACGUCUUCAAGCAAUGAUGACCCACUUGCACAUGCGACCCUCAGAGCCCAAACCAUCUCCCAAACCUCUAAAUCUGGUGUCUAGUGUCACCAUGUCGAAGAACAUGUUGGAGACAUCCCCACAGAGCUUACCUCAAACCCCUACCACACCAACGGCCCCAGUCACCCCGAUUACCCAGGGACCCUCAGUAAUCACCCCAGCCAGUGUGCCCAAUGUGGGAGCCAUACGAAGGCGACAUUCAGACAAAUACAACAUUCCCAUGUCAUCAGAGAUUGCCCCAAACUACGAAUUUUAUAAAAAUGCAGAUGUCAGACCUCCAUUUACUUAUGCAACUCUCAUAAGGCAGGCUAUCAUGGAGUCAUCUGACAGGCAGUUAACACUUAAUGAAAUUUACAGCUGGUUUACACGGACAUUUGCUUACUUCAGGCGUAAUGCAGCAACUUGGAAGAAUGCAGUACGUCAUAAUCUUAGCCUGCACAAGUGUUUUGUUCGAGUAGAAAAUGUUAAAGGAGCAGUAUGGACUGUGGAUGAAGUAGAAUACCAGAAGCGAAGGUCACAAAAGAUAACAGGAAGCCCAACCUUAGUAAAAAAUAUACCUACCAGUUUAGGCUACGGAGCAGCUCUUAAUGCCAGUUUGCAGGCUGCCUUGGCAGAGAGCAGUUUGCCUUUGCUUAGUAACCCGGGACUGAUCAAUAACGCAUCCAGUGGCCUGCUGCAGGCCGUCCAUGAAGACCUCAAUGGCUCCCUGGAUCACAUCGACAGCAAUGGGAACAGCAGUCCAGGCUGCUCACCGCAGCCGCACAUACAUUCAAUCCAUGUCAAGGAAGAGCCAGUGAUUGCGGAGGAUGAAGACUGCCCAAUGUCCUUAGUGACAACAGCUAAUCACAGUCCAGAAUUAGAAGAUGACAGAGAGAUUGAAGAAGAGCCUUUAUCUGAAGAUCUGGAAUGAGAACUGACUUGUGAAACCUCAGCGUGAAGGGACAUAUCACUGACCUUCAUAACCACUCCACAACCAUGAAUAUUUGACAAAUUUUUACUGUGACUAUUUAUUAAGCAUGGAUAAAGGAGACAGCCCUAAAGGAACUUAUUAAGCCAGCCCUUUGGGAUUCAGUACCAACAGGCAAAUUGCUUGUUUUCUUCCCUUCCUCUCUCUCUCUUUCUCUCUCUCUCUCUUUUUUUUUAGAAAAAAAAGACAAAAACUGAUUUUCUUGAAAAAAAAAUAAACUUUCUUUCUAUAAUGGCUUUGCCCAUUUAAAAAAUGUGGCUCUUAAGGGUUCAUGAAAUGACUGAAUAUGAGGAUACAUGUCCUGUAGAAAGCAAACGCGCCUCAUAUACUGCCAAAAAUAGUGUUAGUUUCAUUAAUGUGAAUUUUCCAGCAUUCAGUAGUUGUAAUGUUAGAAACAAUUGCUGGUCAAGUUCAACUUGUUGCUAUUGUUUUUAAUUUGCACAGGAGUAGUAUCAGAAAUUAGUGUCACUGCUUGUAUCUAGCUGAAUUUUAAACAACAGAACAUUAGUUUUUUAUGUUGGUGCCACCAACUGUAAAUGACAUAAGUUAGUUAUUACAAAACACAGUAAUUAGACUGUUGCAACCAUCUAAAACCUUAGGCUUCCAGUCUGUGCUGUUAGUGUUAAGAUGUAAAGUGCAAUCCUAAGCUAACAUUAUCUGUGCAAGCACCAUAGAAACAUUUGCAUAUCUGCAUAGAUCUUACAACUGUACUCUUUACCUCCUUGUGAUAAAGCUUUGUCUACCUGCAAACACAGUCAAAGGCUACAGCUGCAAACCAAAGCCAACUCUAACCAUGGCCAAGAGCUCAAGGACAGAAGCAGCCACAUGCUUUGGUCAGCCUUCUGUAACUUCAAUUAGUACAAAGGAACCUUUUCCAUGAACUACCUGCUGUUUUCUGAUGACCUCUGGGAUCUUUUCAUUUAGCCCUAAACAAAGAAUCAAAUAUGACAAAAACCACAACUAAAAAGUUAAUUCAGUCACAGAGUAAUCUUCUGAGGCCAAAAGUCCAUCUAAACGCAACGAAGAUUUGCUUUCAUUAAAAGACAGAGGUGAGGACAAAAUCCGCAGUGGACAUUAUGAUGUGCUAGAAAGCAACAAAUGUGGAUCACUGACCAAAACGAUUAUGUACUUGAUGCAAAUGCAGAUUGCAUAUUGUUAUAUAUAUAUAGUACAUUGUGUUUUUGUUUUCCCCCAUCCAGUCACUUACUUUCGGUGGUGAAUACAUGUUGUUAGAAGAUGACGUGUAUGGUCUGAAUCUUUGUUGUGUACUAUUUUUUAUAGUCUUAAGUUAUAAUGAAAAAACAAAAAGUAGGAACCAAACAUAAACGGUCUAGUAAAGCCAAAAAUUAAUUUCAUAUUGAUUUUAAAGUGAUCUAGCUGAGUUUUUACACUGAAAGCAAAGAUUAUAGCAAUUGUAGUCCAUGGUAUUUAUUUUCAGUCAAACCAAAGUUACAUAUAAUUCUGCCUCUGCUUAUACGGGAUAUUAACACUAACACUACACUCCCUUUCAAAGACUUGCACAGGCCAAAUUGUUGGAAUGCUGGUUUUAUCGACAACUCCAAACCCCAAAACUAUGAUAAUGCGUUAUGGUGUAGUUGAAAAUAGCAUAGUCAGACGUUUGCUUAAAACCUAGAAACUUUACGUGUUGCUUUUCAUGUGCUGUGCCAAGUCUUGAUAAUACUUUUUCCCCCAACCAAGGGACCUCAUAACCUGAUUAUGGUUAUUGCUUUACAAACAGUUUUGACAGAAGGUGGCUGCUAGAGCUUAACAUACGUACCAGUUCCAUGUGAUGGAGCCGGUUCUUGCAAACUAAGCUCAUCAUUUAUUCUUUGCUGAAGUCAGCAAAUAGAGUUAGAGAGAUACCCAGUCAUCUAUCACACCAAAUAAAAGGACAUAACGGCUUUCAAAAGGGUUUUCCCACAUACCCAAAAGGCUUUCUGAAAGCUUCUACCUCUGCAAAAAAAAAAGAAAAAAAAAAAGAAAAAAAAAGAAAAAAAAUUAGAACAAUUACGGCAGAUUGCAUGAAACGUGAGAACGUCACAGUAACUGCUACUUUUCAUUAUGUUUGUCUUUGGGUCAUGAUCAACGGACGGGAAGUUUCCAAUACGAUAUCAAAAGAAAGAUUGGUAUCGUGAAGGAUGGUUUUCAGUCAUCUAGGAUCCUACUGUAAGGAUUAUGUGAAGGGAAAAUGGGUCUUUCAGGUGCAUGUUCAAAAGGCUUUGAUGGACUGAAAGGAACUGAGAGCUGUACCAUCAGGAGGGUGGCCUAAGACUACGAUGCUAAAGUAUGCAUACCUCAGUUACAAAACUUUUGAAAGGAAGUCUCAGCCACAGAAUGCAUAUACCUGUAGAGUUUUGCAUGGGUUUUAUAUGAAUACGAUUUUAAAAAAUAGCUGCUUGCACAUUAUACCAGAAGAACCUCCCAAACUGCAAUUGCUUUGAAAAUAGAUUUUAGGUUUUUUGGAGUUUUCUGAAAUGCUUGGUCUGUAUUUUGAUAAUUGUGCAUAUUAUGUAAAAAUGUUGGUGGACCCAUAAAUGACCAGACUUUUUCUAAGAAAAAUGUUGCUUUACUGCAUUUCAUGAAUUUUUACUCUUAUAUCAUUGCUUGCUAGUAAUAGCAAAUCUGCUUUUCUGCAUCUGCUUUGCGUAGCUAUUGUAAGGCUUUGAACUGAUGUAUGUAUUUAUUGCUUGAACUUCUGUGCAUACCUUAUAAAGCAUAAUGUCUGACAAUUUAAAUGGCUCAUGUAUUCUUGCUUCUAUCAUAAGCUGAUUAUGGGGACUAUGAUCUUUUGUAUACAGCAAAUUUUAACUGUAGCACAAACAUCUGUUUAUGUAUUGGUGGAAUAUACCUGUUUUAUUUAUCUUUUUUGAGGUAAACUAAUUUUUGAUACUUUUCAUUACCGUGUACUAUGUUCAUACUUUGAAUUCUCUGACAUUAGAAGUCAUGGUUGAGAAUUGUAACAGCUGUUAUUCGUUCUGUAUUCAUGGCUUUCACUGCUGAAUAAAAUAAAGGACCAAACCUA